CUGUUGUGAAAUACAGUGAAAGCUACAAGACAGGUGCGCAUAUCUGUAUGUUUGGAAUCUGCUGGGAAUAUUCACGAUCUCCAGAUGUGAUUCUACAGAGGGAUAACACCCCAGGGAACUGCUGGGCCCUGCGUGGAUCUCGUGGCUAUGUCGUGGUUAAAUUAUCCAGAGUCAUCCAUCCAUUUGCUGUCACGCUGGAUCAUAUUGCCAAGGAAGAGUCUCAGACAGAAGAAAUAUCCAGUGCCCCAAAGAACUUUGCCAUCUAUGGACUGAAAGACGGCUUUGGAGAGAAGGGAGGCGCCUUCUUAGGGGAGUUUGUCUAUGAUCAGGAAGGGUUCCCCGUCCAAACAUUCAAGCUGGAGGAUGCAAACGCAGAUCGAUUUGGAUACCUACAGCUGAGAAUCCUGAGCAACUGGGGCCACCAAAACUAUACAUGCAUUUAUGGGCUUCGUGUGCAUGGGAACCCAGCACUCUGAUGAACCUGCCAGCAAGAAUCCAUGCAAUAAAUAAUUACUUCUGGGUAACAUGUUCGCUUUGAUAGUGUUGGUCUGGCCAGUAACAGCAAAUGCAAGCAGCCCUGUUUCUCUGUAUUACUUUUGACUCACUCCAGAUUGGAGAAGAUGGUUAAUGAAAUGUAACCCAAUUCCUAAAAUCCAACUUGUGGCUAUGGGCAGAAAGUGACACUGUAAAAAUGACACCUCCGUACUCCACUGAUCUGCUCUCAGAGUAUUAUCUGAAUCCUAUUUGCCGAUUUAGUCGGUCAGAGUACAUUUUAACAAGUCCGAUUUAAUACUGCUGAGUCAGUACUUUUAGGAGAGACUGAGCUUGAUUGUGUUCCAGCUUGUAUACCAUCAACAGAAUUGUUAACAAGUCUUCCUUUGUAGAAUGGAUUUUACUGUUGCUGAUGCAUUAAUCAGAAAGAACCCAGCUGGACUUUCAAAUUCCAAGGGGCUGGCCAUUAGUAUAGAAAUAUAAUUCUACUUGUCAUUUUGAUCUGGAAAGGGGAGCCACAACAAGAAUGGAGCCCACAAUACUAUUUUUAGUGUCACUUUUCAGAGCAGAACCAUGUUUUAAGCCCUAUUCAAGACAUUCUUAGGCAGUCUGUGAUUCUGGUGUCUUUCAAAAUGAGCAAGCACCCAUGCUGGGCUGAGACAGCCAAGUCUUGGCUACCCAAAAGCAGGAUGACCAGACAGCAAGUGUGAAAAAUCGGGAUGGGGGUGAGGGGUAAUAGGAGCCUAUUUGAGAAAAAGACCCAAAAAUCGGGACUGUCCCUAUAAAAUCGGGACAUCUGGUCACCCUACCCAAGAGAUUCUCCUUCUUAAGGAAACACUCAGUCAUCUACUAUUAAAAUACAGCUCUGCAUGUUUGGAAAGAACAGUCAUCUCACUAGGUGUCAUUUUAUAUACAGUGUAACCCAAAGUGUGCUAGUCAUUUUCCAGACAGGAAGAAAAGGGGUGAAAUCCUGGUUCCACUGAAGUCAAUAGGAGCUUUACUAUUGACUUCAGUGGAGCCAGGAUUUCAUUCAAGGUCCCUGCCCUGAACAAUUUACAAUCUAAAAAAAGACCUAAAGGGACCCUUUAACAAAUCAUAGGACAGAUCCUUGGUGUAAAAAAUCAGCAUAGCUCCAUCACUUUACACCAGGUGGGGAUCUAGUCCCAUAUAUUGUAAACACCUCUUUCCUAAUAGUGCAUUAGAUUAUUAUACGUGCAAGAAUUUCAGAAAUCCACUCAUUGCUGUUCGUUUGUUUUGUUAGUGUCAAAGCAGACAGAAAUGAAAAUAAAAGUUUUUGACAUGUU